AGAAAGUGGAGACGUGUCCAUUUUUUUCUUUAGUUUUUUUUUUUUUUUUUUACGGUCUAUGGAUCUUGCAGUCUUUGCUUUAAAAAGAAUGAAGAAGCAGCUUUUCUGAGCACAACGCUGACAGACAAACCAAGCAAAACACUGAAGUGAUAAACUGCGCUGAGGAGACUUUACAAGACCAUUUAGAAGUGUACUGACACUCUGCAGUUUUUAUAUUUGGACAUAGUUUAACUUGAGCUUUCGGAGGACUAACAGACACAGUGAUGAUGGAUCUUGAGAGUCAGUUUCUUGAAAAAGAAGCGCUGCUCUUACCACAGGUGAUGGUGUCGAGGAGGAAGGCCGGCUCUUCUAAGUCAGGCGUCUGGCGGGUGUGUGGGGUGCUGCUGACUGUGGCCCUGUGCGCCGCCGCUGCGGUCUGCUUCACGCUCAACAAGUCUCAGAACAAUCAGGAAGGUGGAAACGAGCUCAGGCUCACGUUAAGAGAUCAUCUUUCAAAAGAAAAUGUCACUUCCAAGGUUGCCAUCCAUUUAACAGGUGCAUAUGACCCUGACGUGUGUAAGGAUAGCCUAGAUUGGAAACUGAACCCGGACCAGGGUUUCGUUUCAGGCGGCUUGGAAUUGGUGAACAGAGAGAUCAUCAUUCCUAACAAUGGCAUUUACUUUGUCUACAGUCAGGUGUCUUUCCACAUCAGCUGCAAGAAUGACAUACCUGAGGACCACAACGUCGUUCAUAUGAGCCAUUCGGUGUGGUUCUACUCCGAGUCCUACGGCAGCUCCAAGCCGCUUCUCAGCGCGAUCCGCUCCGCCUGUGUGCACGCGUCUGGCACCGAAGAUCUGUUGUACGACACCAUUUACCUCGGUGCGGCCUUCCACCUGCAAGCUGGAGACAAACUACACACCAAAACCACCACAAAACUCCUGCCCCACGUUGAAGAAGGAAACGGAAAAACCUUCUUUGGGGUGUUUGCUUUAUGAUAUCUUCAUCUUCUUUCGGCUUCUCCUGAUUAGGGGUCACCACAGCGGAUCAUACCCUGCAAACCUUCUCUGCAUAUGCCCAAACCAUCUUAGUCUUGCCUCUCUCAUUUUGUCUACAAACUGUCCUACCUGCGCUGUCCCUCUAAUAUGCUCAUUUCUGAUCCUGUCCAUCCUCGUCACUCCCAAAGAAAACAUCUUUAACUCUGCCAGCUCCUUCUCCUGUCUUUUUGUCAGUGCCACCACCUCCUGCCUGCACUCUCUUCUUUACUUCUCUACCACACUCUCAUUACUUUGAACAACUGACCCCAAGUAUUUAAACUCAUCCACCUUCACCACAUCUGCUCCUUGUAACUGCACUGUUCUGCUUCCCUCUCUCCCAUUUAUGCACAUGUACUGUGUUUUGCUCCUACUGAUACCACAACUCUUCUCUCGGCACCCUGUCGUAAGCUUUCUCUAAAUCCACAAACACACAAUGCAACUCUUUCUGGCCUUCUCUAUACUCUCAAACAACACUCUCAAAGCAAACAUUGCUUCCGUGGUGCUCCUACCUGGCAUGAACCCAUACUGCUGCUCACAGAUCAUCACUUCUCCUCUCAAUCUAGCUUCCACUAUCCUUUCCCAUAACUUCAUUGUGUGGCUGAUCAACUUUAUGCCCCUGUAGUUACUACAGCAUCUCCUUUGUUCUUAUAGAUCGGUACCAGUACACUUCUUCUCCACUCUUCAGGCACUUUCCAAGACUUUAUUAAACAACCUGGUUAAAAACUUUGCUGCCAUCUCUCCAUGCCUCCACUGGUAUCUCAUUUGGACCAAGUGCCUUUCCACUCUUCAUUCUUUUCAUAGCUACCCUCACUUCAUCCUCUCUAAUCCCCUGGACUUCCUGAUUCACUAUUUCCACAUCACCCAACCUUCUCUCUUUCAUUUUCUACAUCAGUAGAAAAAUCAUCAGUUCCUCAAAAUACUCAAUCCACCUUCUCAACACAAUCUCCUCACUUGUCAGCACAUUUCCAACUGCAUUUUUUAUCACCUUGACCUGUAGCACAUCCUUCUCAGCUCUAUCCCUCUGUCUAGCCAGUCGGUACAGGUCUUUUUCCCCUUCCUCAGUGUUUAACUUCUCAUACAGCUUGUCGUACGCUUUUUCCUUAGCCUUCGCCACCUCUUUCUUUGCUUUGCGCCGCAUCUCCUUGUACUUCUGACUACUUUCUUCAUCUCUCUGACUAUCCCAAUUCUUCUUCGCUAACUUCUUCCUCCUUAUGCUUUCCUGUACUUCCUCAUUCCACCACCAAGCAUCUUUGUCUUCCUUUUUUUGUCCAGAUGUCAUACUAAGUAUCUUUUGUUGAGGAAAAUAAGCAAUUGUCCUAUUGCAAGUUUGCUUUUUUUCUGUAAUACCUUUUCAUUGUAACCACAAGUUAUUGUAAUUGUUUUUUAUUAAGAAAGUCACCAAACAUAUUAUUGUAUUUGUUUUGAGAAAGUGGUUUAUUGAGAAAAGACACCAAACAUAUUAUUGAAUUCAUUUUAUUGAGAAAGUGGUUUAUUAAAGGGAUAUUCACCCAAAAAUGAAAAUUUGGUGUUUAUCUGCUUACCCCCAGGGCAUCCAAGAUGUAGGUUACUUUGUUUCUUGAGUAGAACACAAACAAAGAUUUUUAACUCAAACCGUUGCAGUCUGUUAGAAACUGUUCAGUUUCUCGCACAAACCGAUCGUUUCGUGUCUUAGGACAUCAAUGUAUCGUCACGAGCUGCAAGGUUUAAUUUGGAUUUGUGUGCAUUUUUUUUCUUCCAAAGAUUCUGUGCCCAUUUAUGGGCAUUAUAUGACUGACAGACUGCAACGGUUUGAGUUAAAAAUCUUCGUUUGUGUUCUACCUAAGAAACAAAGUCACCUACAUCUUGGAUGCCCUGGGGGUAAGCAGAUAAACACCAAAUUUUCAUUUUUGGGUGAACUAUCCCUUUAAGAAAAGACACCACACACACAUGGUAUUGUAUUAACCAUUUAUUGAGAAAAUGUUUAUAAAGUGUAUUAGCAAGAGUAUAGCUAGAGAUAAAACCUGUAUUAGCAAGAGCUUUAAAGAAAAGGAAUGUUACCGUUGAGUGCUGUGUUGCAGACGCAGCGAAGGAGGCAUCUGAGAAAAAAAAUUAGAAAAUGGAGGACUUUAUAUAGGAAACUUCUUAGGGAAUUUCCAGACCUUCUGACACCACAAGACAUUAGAAUCCACCUGCUGUCUAUAAAGGACUGAAGUGCAAUGAAAAAAAUCAGAUGCUGGUUCAGUGUGACGGCGUCUCCGGUGCCGGUGGCCUUGCCAUUGAAGCCUCUGAACAACCGAGCUUGCAAAUUAUAUACCUUUUGUUUUCAGUUUUUUUUAUAUUGGUAUUUUGUUUGUAACAUAUUUAACCUGUAUACAAUAAAACUAUACUUUAU